CACUUUCAUACAUCCCGCCGCCGCCAAGCGAGUCUCCUCUCCUCCUCCACUCUCUUCACCCAAACCCUCUCUCUGUUUUCAAGUUUCCGCAAAUCGAACACAAGAGUAUGGGAUUGGAAUUGCCGAAAUACCCAGAGAUGGAGGAAGACAACGUUCUCAAUUUCACUGAUUCUGAAAUAGUUUCUCAUGUCAAGAAUGCCCUCACAUCCGUACUAUCCGGUGAUAGCAACAGUUAUGAUCAGCUUGUUGGGGUCAUGCACCAUUCCAAGUAUCUUGCUCCUGAUGAAGUCGCCUUACUCGAGACUACUUUGAAGGCUCUAGCCGGGGCAGUAUCCUCUAUAGACAUUACUCAUCAUGAUUCUCUCCUUUCUGCUAUUUUUAGUAUGAGCAUGUGGAACUAUGGGCCUCAUGUUGCAGAUGCUUUAACCGAACUCAUAGUGUCCCUCGCCAUUUCGAAUGGGAAGUAUCUUGAUUUAUGUCUUCGCAUGCUUGUCAGCAAUUUCACCCCACCACCUUAUUUCUUGGAUAAACUAAAACUGCCACGCAGUCUCGAGAGGAAGGGCCAAGUUCUUUCUCGGGUACACUUGGCUUUCAAAAAGAUAACUGAUUAUGUCCCUCUUGCUCCCUUGAGAUUAUUGACUGUAGUUCUGCAAGGAAUGCCAACAAUUUAUCACAAGGACCGAGCGGUUGUGAUAUAUGUGGAGAACAUGUUAAAAUUAGAGAGUGGUGAAAUUGGAGAACUCGUUGGAAGCACAAUGCUUAUGGCUGUGGUGGACCGGCUGAUAGAACUAGAUGUGGAGAUAGGAUGGGAUGCCAUUUUGCAAGAUGAUUUCAGCAAAGGCAUAUUUGAGAUGGAGCUUGAAGAUAUGGAUGACAUUGAGGAAAAUGAUGAGCCUGAUGUUGGAGAGUUUCGGUUAAGCCGUAAGAGUCUGGCUGGAAACAGCAUUGCUGAACUGCUAGAUAACCUACUGGUUUUAACUUUUGAACAUUUUGAAUCUUGUGAAAGGGAAGGCCGCUUAGCUAAGGUAUUUGAAACACUUCUCCAGUCGUUUCAGAUAACAGUUCUGAGUGCCUACAAGUCAAAAUUUGCUCAGUUUGUUAUAUUCUAUGCUUGCGCAUUAGAUCCUGAAAACUGUGGUAUGAGAUUUGCCACAAUGCUGGUAGAAUUAUUUGUCAAAUACUCACAGCCCCAACCAACCAGGAUGAGUGCUGUAGCUUAUCUUGCUAGCUACUUAUCUCGAGCGAAGUUUCUGUCUGCCUCUUUUAUUUGUAGCAUGCUAAAAAGGUUGGUGGAUUGGUGUUUGGAAUACUCUGAAACCCAUGAUGGUGAUAUAAAUCCAAAUGCUCAUCGAGUUUUCUAUUCUGGGUGCCAGGCAAUUAUGUAUGUUCUCUGCUUUCGAAUGAAAGCUUUUGUGAAUGUUCCGCGUAUGAAGUUACAACUUCUCAUGCCACUGGAACAAGUCUUGAAGCAUAAAUUGAAUCCUUUGAAGGUAUGCCUUCCAUCUGUAGUGGAGGAGUUUCUCCGACAGGCGAAAGCAGCAUCUCUCUUCACUGUGAGUGAAACAUUCAUUUUUGAUGGGCUGCUAGAGUCAGAACUUUCAAGGGCAUUUGGCGGCCUCGAAAGGCUCGACACAUUUUUCCCCUUCGACCCGUGCUUGCUGAAAAGAAGUGACAGUUUCAUCCGACCUAUGUUUGUGUUCUGGUCAAUGGUAAAACCAACAUACGAUGAUGCUGACGCUGACGAUGACGAAGGCAGCAGUGAUGAUGAGUUGGUUCAGGAUCAUGAGAAUGAAAAUGAGGAUAUGAUGAAUGGUAUCGAUAUGGAUGAAUUUGAUGGUCAAUUGCAGAAAAUGUCGAUAACGCCUAAGAGUACCUCGAGUCAUAAGUUUGGGGGUCGAUAUCAAGAACAAGCAAGAAUGCCUAGUAGAAUUAGGCCCUCUACAAGCCCAGAGUCAUUAUGAUUGGAAGGGCGAUGAAGAGAUGGAUGAAUGUAUGUAGUAAUGCAUGUCCAUUUUGCUUGCAGAAUCAAAUACAAGAGAAAUUGAUAUUAAUGUGUGGGAGAAGAAGAUUAGCCGACAUUUCAUGCAGAAGUUGGAGCAUAUGGAUGAAGGUAUUAUUUACUGUGAUUGUAAAAAUUAAGUUAAAAUCUGUUUUAUUAUUUUUCUUUUUUUUUGUAGUAGUUUUCUAUGCCCGUGCAAUUAAUUAAUUAUCAUCUCUUUCAAACCUCCAUCACAACUGACAUUAGCUUUUCAUUCUUCCCUGCUAUUUAGCACAGACAAAAUGUUGUAACAUAUUUACCCAAAUUUCUACAUUUUGAGCUGGUUUCGUAUGCAUGCCAUUUACGCUACUUUUAUAUUUUA